GAUAGAAGUUGCUUGAAAGUUGUCGAUGCGUCCCUGUGUUUGACUUCAGAUCUGAGAAUUUUCCUUCUUUUUUUUUUUUACUGAAUCUUUAUAUAUAAAGACUUCAUUAAGUUCACCAGCAUGGGACGACUCAACACUGAUGCUCUCACCAUCGGUGUCCCUCCCUGUGUUUUCCUGCAUGGGAUUCUCCUAAACCAGGCAUAAAGGAAUCUACUUUCUCUGCUACUGCGAUCAGGUCGGCGGAGACAUGGGUUUGUGCACAGCCGUCAAAAAGGUCUCACGACGUGGCAAAUAUCUUGUUCUGAUUGGUCUUUUGUUGUCGGUGCUGGCUUGGAUAACCACCUUUUCUGGGGAGACUGACAAAACCUUUAAUGUUAUCCUUGCUCCAUCACAAACUAUUGUUAGUGAAAACAAACUGAGGGAAAAAUUAAUCUCUCAGACUGCAGAAACCAGUCGUUUAAAUAUUUCAGCAGAAAAAGAGGAGUGUCCAGAAGAAUCUCCACUGUUAGUGGGAGCUUCGAAGCUGUCCUUUGAACCUUCAUUGACUCUUAAGGAUGUAGAGAAUGAAAACAAAGAAGUGACUGAGGGAGAGUAUGAGCCCUCGUAUUGUAAGGCAAAGCACAGCGUAGCCAUCCUCAUUCCACAUCGCCAGCGGGAGAAGCACCUCCUCUAUCUCCUACAUCACCUGCACCCAUUCCUGCAACGGCAGCAGCUACACUACUCCAUCUAUGUCAUCCAUCAGGCUGGUGAUGCGACCUUCAACCGAGCAAAGUUACUUAAUGUUGGAUAUUUGGAGGCAAUUAAGGACUUUAGCUGGGGAUGCUUCAUCUUCCAUGAUGUUGAUCUGGUCCCUGAGAAUGAUCACAAUUUAUACAUCUGUGACCAGCAGCCCAAACACCUGGUAGUUGGCCGUAAUGCUACAGGAUACAAGCUGCGCUACAAAGGCUACUUUGGUGGAGUCACUGCCAUGACCAAAGACCAGUUUUUUAAAGUAAAUGGAUUCUCAAACAACUACUGGGGAUGGGGUGGAGAAGAUGAUGACCUUAGGGUCAGGGUUGAACAGCAAAAAAUGACGAUUGUGCGCCCCCCGGCUGAUGUAGCGCGCUACACCAUGGUGUUUCACAAACGAGACACUGGAAAUCAGAUUAACAAAGACAGGAUGCGGCUGUUAGGACAAACCUUGAAGAUGUGGAGAAGUGAUGGACUCAACAGCUGCUCUUAUAAGACUUUAUCAGUUGAGAGGCCUCCUCUCUAUGUGAACGUUACUGUGGACAUUGGUCAGCCAAACAGCUGAGAUCUCCAAAUAAGCUGUAUACUAUUCUAUAAAGUCAAGACCACUGUGAGGAGAAAAGUUUUAAGAUAACUAAGAGACUAAAUGCCUGUUUAAGUGCGCUAAGAUGACAUUCUAGAUAUUCAAAACAGUUUUGCAUAUCACUCUUCUCAAUUCCUAGAGGUUGCAGGAGUUGGAUCCACCUUUUUUUACAGUAGCUUUUAAAUGUUUUUGAACCGUUGUUACCCAUCAGACAUUAAUUGUCACACAGAUAUGCCUUGUUUUUCCCCCACCCCCACUUUAUACUGACUAGGUACUUGUUUUGUCAUCUGAGAAGCUUUGUCUAGUCUGGAUAUAAGCAAACAAUCAACAGGAUUCUUAAGCAGUAGGAUUGCCUAAAUAUGUUAUCCAUAUGCUCUUAGUUAUAUAUUUGAUUGUUUUGUUUUUUUCCUGAGGUUAUAGCUUCGAGAGUUUCUGGACCAUGCAUUUACAUGUGUAAAUUUGGUUUAAUUCCUCCAGAUAAAUAGCUGAAAUUCAGUCAUACUGGAUGGAAAGUGGCUGUAAACAUCAAUAUUUAGGUCUUGUAACAGUUUCUCAGUUUGAUUUAGGUGUAGUCCGAUUUAACGACUAAUUAUAUUUUAUUCUUUGUGGUUCUGGUUGUAGGUUUAUUGGGUUCUGCUGGGACAGUUCUUCCACAAUUUCCCACCUUUUAAACUCAUCUAGCUCCUCCAUUCUGGUCACAUUCUUUUUCCUUACUGCAAUACAGGGGGUUGGUUUUCUGAAACAUCUAAUAUUUUGCAUAUUACAUCAGUGUUGGCCUUUGACCGUAGUUCCCUCUUUUGCAGCAGACGUGUCCAGUCUAAAUCCAGUCCCUACAGGAUAAUGAUAUGCAUGUUUGUAUUUGUUUGGUUCCUGCUCUGACACAGCAGAAUUAUGUUCCACAGGAACCUCUCUUAUAACCCAUUGUUUGAUCCAGAUGUGAGUUCAUUAAAGUUAGAUUAUAGCAUAACUAUAUUUGAAAGACAAAAGUACUUUUUAAAAAUUUGCUACACAUCUCCAGCUGUGUCAUUUUAUAUUAUACAUUUAUGACAGGAUAAUGUUUGCCAUACUGCUCAGAAUUAUGCUGAAGUACAGGUCUUAUCUGAGCAAACCUAUAAAGUUGUUGACAGCCCAUCCCAGUGAUUUAAUAAUUUACUGACAGGUUAUGGGGAUUUAGAUUUGAAAAAGUUGAUGGAACGUCUGUGUCCUAAAAUAAAAAGUUUCUACUAAAUUAAGUAAUAUGAUAUUACUAGUCUAAAUCCAGUCAUGCUGUUAGAUAUGGUAUAAUGGUUUUAGUGGUGGAUUUGUUCCAUUUUAGGGUGUGUUUUUUUUAAUGACACUGACCAUUUUAACUUUGAAGUUUUCAGAUGUUUUCUGCAAAUUCCGUUAUAUCUUCAUAGUCUUCCAUAUGCAGAGUAGUCCAAAGCUAUACCUUUAUUUUUAGGAUAGUUGAAAAAAAAUCUGCUCAGAUAACUUAAGUUAUGCUUACAAUCAAAUGAAAGUUUUUCUUAGAAAUGAGUUUCAGCGAGAAGAAAUGUAUAUCAUUUUUGAAAACUUUUUAAGAGCCCCAUGCUCUCUUUAGUUUGUGGGAACUAAUUGGUGAUGGGAUAUAUACCACUUUUUUAAUUUUAGAGAAAAUCAAUAACUAACUGAAGGGAAAAUAUAAUCUUUGCUUGUAUAGUUGAUUGACUGACAUUAAUUGAAUGAUUUUCUUUUUUAAAGAGUGCUCGGGCUGUGGCAGUCACUAGGUCACUCCUUGUAUGAUUGUGUCUAAGGUGUCAGAAUGACCAAAGGUUUUUUUUCGUGAAAGCAUUGUUUGUUUGUGAGAAAUAGUUUUGCACUCCUAAUAAUCAGCAGUAUGCUCUAGAACUGGAAGUUUAAAAUAUAUUUUAAACUCUAAAUCAGAGGUCUUCAACAGGGGGCCCGUGACCCCUAGGGGGUCCACAGAAGUACUGCAUGGGGUUCGCUAAAUUUUUGGGUGAUUAGACUUUUUUUUUUUUAUAUUCCCCCCCUGCAAUUUUUUCCACUAAUUUAAAUGUUUUUGAAUUAACAUGAAUUCAACACUAUGUAGUAAAUAGAUAAAUGGAGGCGGAAGAUGUCUUUCAGUCAUCAAUGCAAACAUUCAGCGACACAAAGGAGCUCUUUCAAGCUGGACACUGUUUCAUUCUCAACACCUCAAAGAGGAAUCCGAUUCGGAAAUGCUUAAAUAAUCCCAGACCGAAAAUACUUUUGUGAAAUAGAGAAACUUUUUCCUACUUCUCCUUACUGAAUGUUUUUUUUUUUUUUUUUUUUUUUUUUGUAGAGGAUUAAUGUGGAGAUUGGUAUAGAAAACAGGCAUCAUUCUAAAUUGCAGAACUUUGCUAUACAGACUAUUUAAGAUUGUGACUAGAAACUUUUUAAAGUAUGUUGAUUUUGUGUGGAUGUCCAAAAGCAAAACAAAACAAGACUAUGGUUUCGUUGAUCUUUUUUUAAUCUUUAGGUUUUUACAAGCUGAUAAUAAAAAUUGUACUUU